AUGGGUUGUUGUUCAUCAGAUUGCUUUGUCUACUUCGUCCUCUCCAUUGCUUUAGCUUUCAUUGCCGUCUCCACAACUCUACAUUCACCUCAAGAUUCCGAACCAAACAGACUCAUUACUCAUCCUCUCUCCUCAAACGCUCUAACCAAAUCCAAUUUCAAAGCAAUCGCAACUCUCCUCAACAUCUCCCCUGAGAUCUUCCUCUCUUCGUCUACUUCAAACACAACCAUUUUCGCAAUCGAAGACUCUUCCUUGUUCAACACGUCAUCGCUUCCUCCUCUGUUUCUCAAGCAUCUUCUUCAGUACCACACACUCCCUCUAAAGCUUCCGAUGAACGACCUUCUCAAGAAGCCUCGAGGAACCUGUCUCCACACUCUUCUACGUCACAAGAGUCUCGAAAUCUCAACCGUUGAUAAAGAAUCAAGAACAGUAGAAGUGAAUCAUGUUCGUAUCUCACAUCCCGACAUGUUUCUUGGAGAUUCUUUGGUUAUUCACGGAGUUCUUGGACCUUUCUCUCCUCUGCAACCUCACAACAUUCUCCAGUCAUCUUUAUGUCAAUCCGAUGCAAACAGAACCAAUGAAGAAGAAGAAGUUCCGGUUAAGAUAGAUUGGAUUCGAAUUGUUCAGCUACUAAGCUCAAAUGGGUUUGUGCCAUUUGCAAUUGGAUUACACUCUGUUCUCAAUAGGAUUGUUGCAGAUCAUCAACACAAGAAUUUGACCGGUGUAACGAUUCUAGCCACACCGAAUCUGGUCUCAUUGUCAUCAGCUUCUCCAUUGCUCUAUGAAGUUAUGAAACGUCACAUUCUUGUUCAACGGUUUACCAACAAAGAUCUUGCUUCAAUGCCUGAUAAAGCUUCAAUCAAGACACUUGAUCCUUACCAAGAUCUUGUAAUCACCAGAAGAAAUGUUGUGAAUUCGUCUCAAGAUUUCAUGAUUUCUGGAGCUGAGAUUGUAGAUCCAGAUAUGUUCUCUUCUUCAAACUUUGUAAUUCAUGGGAUUUCACACACUCUAGAGAUCCCAAGGGGAUAG